AUGAUCACGAAGCUGCCCCGACCAGGGAUUUGGGACUUGAUGAAGUCUUUGAAGGUGAAUCGAAGGGCGCGCAAGCGCCUGUUGAGGGCUGAGUCGUGGGCGCUACGAUGGGACCCGCCCACUGUGGAGCGGUUCAAGGAUCCGUUGAAGCAUUUGGCGUUCCUUGGAGGAGUUGUGUAUGUGAAUGUGAACUCGAUGUUGGUGGACAAUGAGUUCGGGGAUGUUUGGAAGGUGGUACAGUGGGCAGCCCUUCAGGGAAGGAUCAGUGCCAUUGUCUCCCGUGACUGCCUACCUCGCCACUUGGACCAAUUGGCCGCAGGACCCCACCGCAGCAAAGUUCACUUUCUCCAUGCCCUUGCGUGUGCUGGGAAACAGCGAAAUGAUGGAGCCUCUGUUAAGUUCUACGUUGAAGACAUGGACCGCAUCAACUACAACCGUCAGCGAGUAACAGAGGACAAUGCGGAUACUUGGCCGGCGUGGACUGAAUGCCAGGACACCAAGGAGUACCUGGACGAAAUGGGAUUGUUGGACGUAUCAAUCUCUACGUUCACAGGGGCACGCCAUGUACGAUUGGCGAAACUCAGUGAUGAUGCCUCCUGGAGACUACAUGUGGCUCGGAAUCAUCAGCCUUUUCGAAGGGAUUGCGCUGUAUGUGUUAGAAGCAGUGCAACGGGCCAUCAGCACCGAGCCUCCCUACACCCUAUGGCCUACAGCUUGAGUGUGGAUGUUGUGGGCCCUCUCAAAGGUUAUGGACGGUCCCCUGACGGCAAGUUCUUUCGGUACUUUGUCAUCGGCGCCCUCAGGAUUCCAGAGGUGGACGGAGGAAAGAAAGUGGACAACACGAUGCUCCCAGCGGUUCAACGUAUUGUGAUGGACAUCAAAGCACUGGGAUAUCCGGUUACCAGGUUGCAUACGGAUCGUGGAGGUGAGUUUCGUGGGAAUGCGGUGCGAAAGUGGGCUCUUGCGCAAGGAAUGUGGCCUACGACGACUUCGGGAUCUGACUCGGCAGCAAAUGGAGUCGCAGAAUCAGGAGUGCGAUUCUUGAAGCGGAGGGCUCGCAUCCUUCUAGACUCCGCCGGGAUUGGAAAGGAACACUGGCCCACAGCAGUCCAGCGCUACAAGACGGGUGCGGUGGAGGACUUUGGCCCGCACUGGACCGUUGGUCGCUACGCGGGACCGUCUACGGAUAUCAGGGGUGGACAUGUGAUCUUGAAGGCCACGGGCACGUUCAUUCAGACCACCUAUGUGAGAGUUGCCAGGGAUCCGCCAUCUCUGGACGAAGUAGCUCCUACUGUGAUUGCCCCUUCCGAGUUCAAGGUUGACGGGUUCUUUGAGGAUUUCGAGAUGAUGUCAAAUGAACCUGGGCAGCAGAGCCUAGAGGAUGAGGAGGAGGCGGCCCUCAAAUACUUGAAGUUUGACGAGAUACAGUAUGUGGAGGGCAUUGCAGAAGAGAUGCUAAGGGAGUCCCGGUUUGAAGAUCAUGAUGGUGCGGGGUUGCUUUCUUUGGUGGCAAGUACGUGCGGGAGCUUGAAGGGGCUAGUGAUGGGAGCAUUUGUUCAUGGUGGUUCCUUUGGUGUGACCCGAUAUGGGCGUGACCUUCCUUGGGUGACCAAGUUCUUCAAUGCCUACAUGAAAAAGAAGUUGACCAAGAACUGGCCGCACCUCAAUUACGCAUGGACCACCCUCGUGAUUCAGGCGGACUAUGGGUUCAGGACCUGGACUGACUACCAGUACCAGACUGCAGAUGAUGAGGUUCAUGAUGGUUGUUUGGUGAAUGUCCAGGAAAUCCCGGCGGUGUUUGAUCCGUUGGUUCCCCACGCCUACGUCCCGGAGGAUGGAGUGAAGUGGUUUUUGUCUGCUUAUACGCCGCAAGGGAGUAGCAAGUUGUCAAUGAAGGACAAGGAGUACUUGAAGUCCGUUGGUUUCCCCAUGGAUGGUUCUGAGUCCCAUGGAGGAGAUCCCAAUGGGGUGCUGGAAACCAGACCGGCACUAAAUGCAGUUUCCUUCCCAUGUGAGGGUGCGUGGAGCCGAGCUCGUGUACCAGAGGAUGAUGUGGAAGCUGCAACCGCUGGGGAUUGUGAGGCCACCUUUUGCGAUUGGGCCAUGUAUACCGACGCGGUUGGUGAAGGUGAUGAACGCGGACUGGAUGCUCCUUCAGGUGUACGCCGUCUUUGUAAAGUGUGUGGAUCCGACGAUCCUGGUGAUGAGUUGGAGGCCCUGACGACCUUGGCAAAUGUUCUGGAUGGAGAUGCGAUGUUUGGGGAGGCCACAGAGGACUUGAGCAUCAAUGUCGAGUUCUGGUCUUCUUUGGGUUUGUAUGAUAACCCUCGGCUUGCCAAGUUGGAGCCGGAAUAUGUUGAGAACAUCGAGAAGAUCAUCCAGGAGGCCAGGGACUCGAGGACCCCGUUGCGGCACACCUACAAUGUGAGCCCUCAAGAGGCGAAGCAGGUGAUCCAUAAAUGGAAACCAGCAAUUGAAAAGGAGCUGGGCGUGGUUGAAAAGGGGUUCCUUAGAGUGGAUGCGAAGGACAUCGCAAUUCUCAAAAAGAAGUACGUGGUUCAGGAACUUCCAUCAAAGCUGGUCUACACCGUCAAGCCGCCCAACACCGAGAAAGAUGACACCUCCGAAGAAUACUACUGUCGGAGGAAAGCGAGAAUAGUUUGUUGCGGCAACUAUGCGGCUGAGGACCAAAGUGAACUGUUUGCCGGUGGUGCGGCGGCAGAAAGUCUCCGAUGUAGCCUGGUGUAUGCGCUCAAGCGACUUUGGCGAGCAGCCAUAGUCGAUAUCGCCGGAGAAUUUAUGCUCACCCCGCUGGCUCAUGAGGAGGGCGGUGUCGUCUAG